AUGCAGUCUUAGUUGGUGGCGCCAGUAGUCGAUGUGAGAAUGAGAGCUCUAGGUAUACAGUAAAUAUAGUAACAUAAAUGAACAAAUAAACGUCUGGACUCGCAUAAUACGCUGUUAACUAAAAGUAGGUCGGAGCGGUGGCAUGCAAACCUAGUGGCACGAGCACGAGUCGACGUCCGCACCCCCAUCACGUACCUAAGGAAUAAUAUUAAAAGUACAAAAUAUAAAGUAAAGAAAAAUGUCUUCACAAGACGCCGUAGAGCAGGUUACACAGGAGGUGAAGGACGUCAAGCUGGAAAACGGGACUGCCGCUGGAGCAGCCAAUGGAACCGCUACUAAGGAUGACAACGCUAUACCGUUUAAGGAUGCUUUCAAAGCAUUUUCUAAAUUUGGCGACCCAAAAUCAGAUGGUAAACAAAUUACACUAUCACAAAGCGACAAGUGGAUGAAACAAGCGAAAGUUAUAGAUGGGAAAAAGAUCACAACUACAGACACAGCAAUACACUUCAAGAAACUCAAGACUUUGAAAGUUGGCGUUGAAGACUAUUCAAAAUUCCUUGAUGACCUGGCUAAGAGCAAAAAGAUUGAACUUGACGAAAUAAAAAGGAAGCUGACUACCUGCGGACAGCCUGGAGUGUCAUCGCACGUGACUAAGUCGCCGGCAGCUGCUGCGGCAGUUGACAGGCUGACAGACACUACCAAGUACACUGGUUCUCACAAACAACGCUUCGAUGAGACCGGUAAAGGAAAGGGCAUCGCCGGCAGGAAGGACGUCGUGGACGGAUCAGGUUACGUAAGCGGCUACCAACACAAGGAUACCUACGAUAAAUCUCAUUAGUUGCGAAUGGGAAGAGUAAUUGUCCAAGUAAUGAUUAUGAAAUUGUGUCUGUUAUGAGGACAAAAAACGCCCACUUCAAUAUGCUGCGGUACAACUAUUUUUUUAAAUGUAUUAUAAAAGAAUAAAACGUAAGAAUCUAGAAGUUUAUAUAAUGUUACAAUAAAUCACCCAUAUUGCUCGAUUCCAGUUUUUUUUGUACUGUGAACAUAAGCGGUGCAAACACUAUGUAGUAAUGUAUAGAUGUAUCUUUUCAAAAUUUUUGUCGUUCAGAAAUCGAACAUGCUUCCUCUCUUUUACAAAGAAAAUAUAGAGCACUACGGGACAGAGAUUGAUAGACAAAGUUCAAAGGGUGUGUAUUAAUUAUUAAAAAUUAAACAACCUUCAGAAUUCCUGUACCUAUUAUAUAUAACUGUUUCGUAUAUUAUAGUUUUUAGAACUUGGAAUUUAGCUUUGUAUGUUGUGCAGCAAAUGACAUUCCUUCUAUGUAGAUUUCAAAUAUACUACUACCUAUUGACAUUCUUUAAAUUAUUAUAUGUGUAAUAUUAGGGAAUAAGGUCCUGAUAUUUUUGAAUCACUGUUUUUAUUAACUUUCUGUAUUAACUGAAGUCAAAAUUACAAUAAAAUUAUCUAGUCGUGAAUGAAGUAGGUACCUAAGUACAGAGGAAUUUUUAUUAUAAUGUCGUCUUAAUCAAUUUAUUUUCUUUUUGUGUAUGUUCCAUAUGUACUAUUUUUUUCCAAUCAAGCAGCUAUAAUUAUUCACGAACUGGUACGUUUGUGUAGUAGGCACAUAAGUAAAAAAAAUAGGUAUAUAAUAUCUGAAUAAUUUUACUUAUAUACAUAAUACGAAAAAUAUCAGCAUUGUUACAUAAUUUGUUUGAAACGGGAUAUGAAUUAUAUUUUAUUAUAUAUAUUAAAUAUUUUU